AUGGACGUCUGCAAAGAUCUCGAUAACUUCGGCCGUAUGUUGAAACAGCAGAAGUGCGUACUGCAGAACGCAAAACAAAAACAGGGACAAUGCCCUCGAGACCGCAAGGGAAGAGAAGAGAUGCUGUUAGAGUUCAUGAUGGCUUCGAUGGCUACGUCAAUGAAGCAAAGCAACCAAACACAUAUGGUACACUCGUCAUUCGUUCGCGGAGCAUACCCGCCUUGUACCGUCUCUGUCGACACUUUGAAGUCGUUAUCAAUUGGAAAACUUAGGCUCGAGACACAUCAUCGGGGUGCCUCUCUUCUCCUGCGCACUCUCACGGCGCCAAACCGUAUGACAGGGAUACUAGUGCUGGUAGAAGACCAAAACAGGGACGUCACCGUAUUGCAGCUAUACCGACAGAGAGAUGAGCACAGCCGCGCAGCCUCAGAUAUUAUUGGAGAAGGUUCGAUUCUGAUCAUCAAGGAGCCAUUCUUCAAAGUCAUGGCAUCUGGGGAAUACGGUAUACGCGUAGAUCACGUUUCAGAUGUCAUGUUUCUUGACAAAGACGAUCUAAAAGUACCCCAGACAUGGCGACCACAACUAUCUGAGAUUGGAAAGUCAGCGGACGCUUUGAAGCUUGAGGGGAAUACCCUUAUGGGAAAAGGAAAGUACUGGAAAGCCAUUCAAGUAUACUCAAACAGUUUAGCGUCUUCACAUAAGCUCAGCGAGAUUGAAGUGAUCAAGAGAAACAGGGCAUUAGCAUAUCUCAAAACCCAGCAAUACGACGCCGCACUUUCUGACACGGGCUUCCCAAACUUUGGCAAAGAGCCAUCGGAGAAAACACUAUUCCGUGCGGCAGAAGCGCUGUAUCAUCUCGCUCGAUUCGAAGAAUGCCGCAGAGUGCUCGAAACGCUUUGCAACAAGUUCCCGCAUAAUGAACAGGCGGUUGCUGUUCUCCGCCGUGCUCGUGGUCGGUGUACCGAGAGCAGCAGCGGGAUUUUCGACUUCAAGCUACUUCAAGCGAAAGCAAAGAAGCAUAGACCCCCACACAUGGAUUAUGCUACGUACAUGGGACCCGUGGAGGUACGAGAAACAAGGUCAAAGGGCCGCGGAGUAUUUGCAACCAAGUCGAUGAAAGUCGGGGAUUUGAUAUUAUGCGAAAAAGCAUUUGCUCAUGCUUACAUUGAUGAAGUAUCUCGCAGCAAUGCAAGCAUCACAUUACUGAUGAACGUUGAGACAGAAACAGGAUUCUUGGGCGGCCAAGCCGAUCUCAUUCGAUUGGUCGUGCAGAAACUUUACAGCAGCCCUUCGACUACCUCUGAAUUCACUAACCUAUACCACGGCGAUUACAAAGCAGUGGAUGUAUCUCUUGUGGGUGGAAAGCCAGUGGUCGACACGUUUCUCGUCGAAUGGACAAUGGCUUUGAAUGUUUUUGGCUGUCCUAUAUCAAGCUUGAACUGGCACAGAGACAUCAUAGCCAACAGAAAUAAGGCAAAAUCGGAAUUCCAUUCAUGUGGCAUCUGGACUAAAGCUUCAUACGUCAAUCAUAGUUGUAUCGGCAAUGUUUCUAGGUCGUUCAUUGGAGAUAUGAUGAUCAUACGCGCAGCCAAGGAUUUGGAAGCUGAUACCGAAUUGAAAUUUCCCUGUGCAAUUUCAGAUGAAGCGACGAAUAUAGAGCAGAAGUUCAAAAAUUGGGGAUUCGUUUGCAGCUGCGCUCGCUGCGAAGAUAUCAAAAGCACCAAGGCUUCAGUGUUCGUCAAUAGGCGAAACUUACAGGGGCAAUUGAGGAAUCUAUGUGAUUCGUUCUCAGACGUGUACGACAUCCCAAUAACAGAGAUGGAACGAUUGCUCAAGGCGCUCAGAGAGACCUACACGCUUCCAGCUGAAUAUGUACCCCGACUGUCGCUUUGGGAACCACAACUGCUACUUACCAGGAUCUAUAUGGGCCGAGCUAAUUUCACAAAGGGAAUGGAUUCUGUUGGUGAUAUUCUUAAUUCAUUGGGAUUUAUAUUUGCUGGAUUGGAUGGCACUUUAAUAGAUUUCGAGCUUACGAGAUGGGGUCAAAUGGUGAACCAUCUGGUAGAAGUCUUCCUACAUGCACGCACGGGGUUUUCAAGGCUGGUAUUGGAGAAGAAGUCAAAUCAGGCGGAGUAUUAUGCAAAACUUGGAUAUCUAUGUAGUACUGGUCGGAGAACAUGCAUCGUUUGA